AUUUGACUGAAAAACAGCAGCAGCAACAAACGGCUUUGUGGGAGCUCAUAAAAACGGAAGUUGCUUACAUAAAAACUUUAAAGGUGGUAACAGAUCUUUUCCUUGCGUGCCUCAAAGACCUCCAAUCGCAUAACCUCCUCAAAGAGAUUGACACUGACAAGCUCUUCUCGAACAUCACCGAAAUCCUUGACGCCAACGUGAUUUUUUGGCGCAACACCCUCUUCCCUCUCGUACGUGACAUGAGGAAGUACAAAAGGACGUCCUGUUUGGAAAAUAUGCUUGAAGGGGUCCACAGCAUCCAGGACAUUUUCCAGCCGUACUACAAAUAUUGCGCCGAGCAGAGCAGGUGUCAGCACUAUUGCCGCGAAAAUUUGGACAGCGAAGUUUUCACCGCCUAUUUGACUUGGUGCGAAAGUCAGAAGGAGUGUAACAGGUUACGACUGAUGGAUAUUUUGGUACAGCCGAUGCAACGACUGACAAAAUAUGGCCUCCUACUUAAAGCUAUACUCAAAAAUACCGACGAGGAUGUUGAGAGAGAGAAUUUGCAGACUAUGAUAAAACUAGUUGAUGAAUUUGUCAACAAUGUGAACUCGAGUCUCAAACAUCGGCAGGAUAAGGAACGAUUGAAAGGAAUCAUCGCCAGAAUAGAGAGUUACGAUAUAGUUGAGUCCAAAGACGACGAUAUCGAGAAGAUCCUGAAAAAGGAGAAAUCGCUGACCCAACUGGAUUUAACGAGACCGAUGUUGAACUGUCCCGUCGAACGAAAACGUCAUCUGUUACUCGAAGGUGAUUUAAAAUUGAAAGACAGCGGGGCGUCCAAGAUGGAGGUGCAUUGUUUCCUUUUGACGGACAUGCUGCUGGUGUGCAAACCGUCGACGAAGAAAGGUGGCGCCACCAUGCGCGUGAUACGGCAACCGUAUCUCGUCGACCGCCUGGUGGUGUCCGAAUUGAACAGAGAAACGCCGAGUCUGGCUGUCAUCUACAAGAACGAAUUCGAUAUGGCCGUGGCGGCUUUCAUCUUGCAGAACAAUGACGCUAAGAAGAUUAAGGUUAGUAUGAAAAUGUUCGGGACAUCAUUGCCGGAUGCAGACAUUUCUUCAGUUUGAGGAAUUUAAUUUUAAAUCAGAGA